AUCCCUGAGUCCUGUCAGUCCGUACCCUGUACUAACUUCUGUCUCAACAUGUCGCUCACCAAGCUCAGCAUCGACAAGGUGGACGUCAAGGGGAAGAGAGUCCUCAUGAGGGUGGACUUCAAUGUUCCAAUGAAGGGAAAGGAAAUCACCAACACCCAGAGAAUCGUGGCUGCUAUCCCCAGUAUUAAGUACGCCCUUGACCAAGGAGCGAAGUCCGUCAUCCUGAUGAGUCACCUGGGCCGACCUGACGGCAGACGACAGGACAAGUUCUCCCUCGCUCCUGUCGCUGAUGAACUCAAGAAACUCCUGGGGAGGGACGUGACGUUCCUGACUGACUGUGUAGGAGGGGAGGUGGAGGCAGCCUGUGCAGACCCUGCACCUGGGUCAGUCUUCCUACUGGAGAACCUGCGCUUCCAUAUCGAAGAGGAGGGGAAAGGUGUAGAUGAAGGAGGAAACAAGGUAAAAGCAAAGCCAGAUGACGUGACUGCCUUCCGGGCAUCUCUGACCAACUUGGGUGAUGUUUACGUCAACGAUGCUUUUGGAACGGCUCACAGAGCCCACAGUUCCAUGGUUGGUGUGAACCAUUCCCAGAGGGCUUCAGGCUUCCUACUGAAGAAAGAGCUGGACUACUUCAACAAGGCCCUGCAGAAUCCCAACAGGCCAUUCCUGGCUAUUCUUGGAGGGUCAUUUCCUGAAGGCAAGGCUAUUUUUGGCCCAGUGUGCAGUACAGCCAGUGCUAAAAUCAAGGACAAGAUCCCACUGAUCGAGAACAUGCUGGAUAAGGUCAACGACCUGAUCAUCGUGGGAGGCAUGGCCUUUACCUUCCUCAAGGUUCUGAAUGGCAUGAAGAUUGGGUCGUCACUCUUCGAUGAGGAAGGAGCCAAGAUUGUUGAACACUUGAUGGAGAAGGCGAAAAAGAAUGGGGUAGCGAUCCACUUUCCUGUGGACUUUGUCACGGCUGAUGCCUUCUCAGAGAAUGCAGCUACAGGCACAGCCACUGUGGAGUCUGGUAUUCCGGAUGGGUGGAUGGGACUUGACUGUGGCCCAGAAAGUGGGAGAAAGUUCAAGGAGGUGAUCUCCAGGUCCAACACCAUUGUUUGGAACGGGCCGGUGGGUGUGUUUGAGUUUGAGAAGUUUGCUGCAGGGACCAGGGGAAUGAUGGACGAUGUGGUGGCUGUCACACAGAAGGGUGCUGUCACUAUCAUCGGUGGAGGUGACACAGCGACUAGCUGUGCCAAGUUUGGUACGGAGGACAAAGUCAGCCAUGUCAGCACUGGGGGAGGGGCUAGUCUGGAGCUACUGGAAGGGAAAACAUUACCAGGAGUUGCAGCUCUCUCAGAGGCCUGAACUGAAGCACAGAGAAACACUGGCAAACUGUAGAGGGAUAUCUGAAAAUAGUUACUGUAGAGAAAGUAGUUUCUAUUGGUGCUGCAUUUUCUACACUUGGGUUAAGUACAUUAGC